AUGGAGAAAACCAAAGCUGAUGAUAACGCAUUUAAAGAAAAAAAUGAAUCUAUAAUUCCUCGGAAAAACGAACAAAUUGUCCUUUCUCAUCGCUAUAGAAACUGUAUAAUGCAUAAUACAUUUUCUGACACUUUAAAACCUGUAGAAAUACAAUAUAAUGAUUUGCUUAAUGCAAACACAAAAGGCAUGCAUAAUAUUAUUUUUUUAAGAAAAAGCAUUGAUGUAUCAAAUCGUAAAAAUGAUAAACACCCAAAAAAAAGGAAUAGUGAUAAUAAGGGUCAAAACAAUCUACCAAAUGUGUGUAAUAAUAUUGUAGAGUCACAUCCUCUUAUUGAUUAUGAAAAUUUGGUUAUGAAAAAAGCAUUGAAAAACUUUUUUUUUCAAAGAAAAAUUAGCAAUAUAUAUUCAAUCACUGAAAUUACUAAUAAAAGUAAAUCGAAUACAAAUUUCGAGGGUUUUGAUUAUGCAGUGUACAGUGGAACUAAAAAUGAGCAUGCAGACAAAUUCCCUAUUAUAAAAUCCUUAGAAUCAAAAAACAAUUAUACCAUUCCAAAUACUGCCCAUUUAAAUAGCAUUGAAACACUCAAUUACAGUAAUAUUAUAUACUGUGAAAUUAAUAAAAGAAAUUUCAAUCCGAAAACUAGAAAUAUAAAUAAGGAUGUCAUUAAAAACAAUAGCAACAUGUGCAUAGAAAAUGAUAACUGUUUGGUUAAUAAAUUUAAAAAUAUUAAGGGCAAUAAUAGAAAAAUAAAUGUGAAAUCUCGUGAAAAUCAUAUUUCAUGUGUUGACCACGAAACUAUUUUCAAAAAUAACUCUCUGUCUUUAAUAGAAACACACGAAAAUGAUAUGGAAAAAAGGUUAAAAGAAAACGAUGUAGUUCACCCUUCAGUAAAAUUAGAAACACUUGAUGAUUUAAAUCCUUUUCUUAACAAAAAGAUAAAAAAAGCGAAAAAAAAAAAUGGAGGAGCAUGUUUUUGUAGUUUCAACAAUUUUUCAUUUCAAUUUUUGAUGUCAUGUGAUAAAAUAUAG